CCUGCAUUAUUUUGUUAGCGGGUGUGUCUCACAGGUUGCUCAAUGAAUCCGGAUGCUUUCAGCUUGCAGUCAGUUGCAGCUGUACUCUGAGCACAACACCACUACCCUAAGGCACUAGAAACAGAAUCUUACGAAAGGCAUUGUCGCACGCACAGUUACAAAGAUAUCUGUCAUGAAAAGGGACAUGAAUGAUCAUACACAGUGAAACCUUCAUCUUUAUCAGUUGGCCCCUGUGUUUCCAUCAUGUCUCUGAAACUAGAAAGAUCUAUAGAUUCAUCUGCUUUGCAGAAAAUUGCAGCAGACAUGACAAAUCUUAUAGAAAGCCUUGAUACAAGUGAUCUCCGGUUUGAUGGAGAAGAAGUGGAUGCUGACUUCACAAGUGACACCAAAAUUAGUGGUGCCUGCUAUCCAUUCUCUGCUAUCUAUAACACAAAAGGAUUCAAAGAAGCUGACCUUCAAACGUUUUUGGUUGGAUGUCCUAUUAAAGUACGGGUUUUGGAAGUUGAACGUUUUGCAUCAUCAUCUUCCUCAAAGGCGCCGGUUCUAAAUAUCUACACAAUAGAAUUGACUCACGGAGAAUUUACAUGGCAGGUAAAGAGAAAAUACAAGCACUUUCAAGAUCUCCACAGAGAGCUACUUCGGUACAAAGCUUUUAUCCGUAUCCCUAUACCCAUUAGAAGCCACACAGUAAGAAGACAGACUGUUAAAAGAGGAGAUGUAAGGUCAAUGCCAAACCUUCCACGGAAUGCUGAGAUUGUCAGAGAAGAACAGUCUUCAAGCAGAAGGAAACAGUUGGAAGAUUACAUAUCUGCAUUAUUAAAAAUGCCCAUGUACAGAAAUUACCAUGCGACUAGAGAAUUUAUUGAUGUAAGUCAGCUGUCUUUCAUUCAUGAUCUUGGACCAAAGGGCAUCGAAGGAACAAUAAUGAAGAGAUCUGGUGGUCACAGAAUACCUGGUUUAAAUUGCUGUGGACAAGGAAGUGUUUGCUAUCGAUGGUCAAAAAGGUGGUUGGUUGUAAAAGAUUCAUUUCUUCUCUACAUGAAGUUAGACACUGGGGCUAUUUCUUUUGUUUUUCUGGUCGAUAAGGAAUUUACCAUAAAGAUUGGCAAGAAAGAGACAGAGACCAAAUAUGGUUUACGAAUUGACAAUCUUUCAAGGACCUUGAUAUUGAAAUGUAACAGCUACAGGCAUGCCCGAUGGUGGGGUCAGGCAAUUGAGGAAUUUGUAAGAAAAAAUGGCAAAAAUUUCCUUACUGAUCAUCGAUUUGGUUCAUAUGCAGCAAUUCAAAAUAACACACUUUCAAAUUGGUAUGUUAAUGCAAAAUGUUAUUUCAAUGAUGUGGCUGAUGCAAUGGAAGCAGCAAAAGAAGAAAUUUUCAUCACAGAUUGGUGGUUGAGUCCUGAAAUCUUUCUCAAGCGUCCUGUUGUGGAAGGAAACAGAUGGAGACUGGACUGCAUUCUUAAACGAAAAGCUCAACAAGGUGUGAAAAUUUUUGUUAUGCUGUACAAGGAAGUAGAACUUGCUCUGGGCAUCAACAGCGAAUACAGCAAGAGGACCCUGCUGCGCAUUCAUCCAAAUAUUAAGGUUAUGAGGCACCCAGAUCACAUGUCCUCCUCCGUGUACCUUUGGGCUCAUCAUGAAAAGAUUGUUGUGAUAGAUCAGUCCGUAGCUUUUGUCGGAGGAAUUGACCUGGCCUAUGGAAGAUGGGAUGAUGAUGAACACAGACUAACUGAUGUUGGCAGUGUAAAGCGGAUUGUAACAACACAGUCAACAACUGCAAUAAAUAAGAUCCCAUCUGAUUCCACUCUGUCAUUGAAUGGUGAUAAUAGGGCAGGGAAAAGAAGUUUUCAAGUUCCAGGCAAGAAAGAUGAGGAUGCAGUGGAUUCAUCGAGAAUCAGAGGACUGGGGAAAUCUAAGAAGUUUGCAAAAUUUAGCCUUUACAAGCAGCUCCACAAACAUAACCUCCAGCAUGCAGACAGUGUGAGCAGCAUAGACAGCGAAUCUCAUAGAGGAUCAGUUCGCAGUUUGCAGACAGGCGUGGGAGAACUUUUGGGUGAAACCCGCUUUUGGCAUGGAAAGGACUAUUGCAACUUUGUUUUUAAGGACUGGGUACAGCUGGACAAACCAUUUGCAGAUUUCAUUGAUCGAUACCAGACUCCUAGAAUGCCAUGGCACGAUAUUGCUUCUGUUGUACAUGGAAAAGCAGCACGAGACGUUGCAAGGCAUUUCAUCCAACGAUGGAACUUUACUAAAAUAAUGAAACCAAAAUAUCGUUCUCUUUCCUACCCAUUCUUGCUGCCAAAAUCUCACAAAACUGCCAAGGAGCUACCGUAUCAAGUUCCAGGGUCUGUACAUGCACAAGUGCAGGUGUUGCGCUCUGCAGCAGAUUGGUCGGCUGGUAUUAAGUACCAUGAAGAGUCUAUCCACAACGCAUAUGUGCAUGUGAUAGAGAACAGUAAACACUACAUUUACAUUGAGAACCAAUUUUUUAUCAGCUGUGCUGACAACAAGCAUGUUUUUAACAAGAUCGGGGAUAGCAUUGCUCAGAGAAUACUUAAAGCUCACAGGGAAAACAAAAGGUACAGAGUCUAUGUUAUAACUCCGUUGCUUCCUGGAUUCGAAGGAGAUAUUUCCACCGGAGGGGGCAGUGCCUUGCAGGCUGUUAUGCACUUCAACUACAGGACCAUUUGCAGAGGAGAGCAUUCCAUCAUUGGACAACUGAAAGCAGAAAUUGGAAACCAGUGGAUUAACUACAUAUCGUUCUGCGGUUUGAGAACCCACGCGGAACUGGAAGGGAAUCUUGUAACCGAGCUGAUAUAUGUGCACAGCAAACUGCUCAUCGCUGACGAUAAUACAGUUAUUAUUGGUUCUGCUAAUAUAAAUGAUCGCAGCAUGAUGGGGAAGCGUGACAGUGAGAUGGCUGUUGUGUUUCAAGACACAGAGACUGUUCCAUCGGUCAUGGAUGGCGAGACUUAUGAAGCUGGAAAAUUUGCCCUGUCUCUUAGGCUGCAUUGUUUCAGGCUGAUUCUUGGCUGCCUUAAUGAUCCUUCUGCCAACAUCCAAGAUCCUGUAAGUGACAAAUUUUUCAAAGAAGUGUGGGUUGCAACUGCGGCACGCAAUACCACUAUUUUUGAUAAGGUCUUUAGAUGCCUUCCCAGUGAUGAAGUUCAUUAUUUUUUCCACCUUCCCGAGUACCUUUCCAAGCCAGGACUCGCAACGCAAGAUCGCGUGAAAGCGCAGGAAGAAUUACAGAGAAUCAAAGGUUUCGUGGUGCAGUUCCCCUUUUUCUUCCUAGCCGAAGAAAACCUCUUGCCCUCGGUUGGCACAAAAGAAGCCAUGGUUCCCAUGGAAACAUGGACCUGAACAAAAUGUUUUGCCUGGGGCACAGCACAUGAAAAAUCUUGCACACGUUAAAUGGCACAACCAACUUCCAAAAAGGAAUGGAGAGGACAUGUUGUGCAUCAGAACUGGUACCACUGGGGAGGGGGGGUACUCGUUUGGUUCCACACACUCUUUCACCCGUUACAUUUGUUCAAGCAGCGCAGGAGUUAAUCACAGUCAAUUAUUUAAUACCACUAAAUGAAACACGGCUCCUGUAUAUAUUUAACAGCACACACAGCCACUACAUCUCUUUUUUUCUGGGCCCAGGGAAUGGUAUAUUCAAGGUUUUAAGGCUGGAAAAGAAGAGUAAAUCUUAUAAGUGAUUAUCUGUUUUUUUAAUAUUUCAAUUAGAUGUGUUUAUUGUUAUUUAUACCUGUAUGCUGGCUAGACAGUUAUAUGUGGCUUAAUUCUCACUUAUCCAUGGUCUACACACAUUUAGAUAGGACUGGUAAAUAAACCAUACAGCUGAGGGUGGUGUGUGUGUAAGUCAUGUGCCUAAUAGAACUGCAUUCUAUGUCAGACAUACAGUAUUUCUAUUUGGGGGCAUUAAUCAAUUCUAUGGAGACUACCAGUCACAUAAACCAAAGUUCUUUCAUAUGGAAUAGAUUUCUUCCAACUGUUCUACUAAAGCCCUGCAGGGGGAGCUGUCACUCAGCAUCACAAAACUCUUCAAAUACAUACAUGAAAUUCCAUACAGGAACAUGUCGUUGUUGAUACGCUAUUAGUGUAAUGAAGCAAAACAGUGUCAGUGUCUCUGAAUGGGUGGAACAUUCGGCUCCAUUUUUAAGGGCCCACAGUUCUCCAUCCCAAGCCUUUGUUUUUUAAUACAAACGGCAUUUAGCAUUAAUGUUUCAGAUAACAUUAACAAGACACAUUUUAUAAAACCCACAGAAUAUCUCAACUUAUUUCCAAAGCUUCUGACCUUCAUUACCAAUGGUUCCUUGUGUAAGAGGCUGACACUGAGGCUAAAGAGGGGAGAGCAUGGUGUGUAUUAGUGAUGUGCGGGUUGAGUUUUUCUUGAUCCGCCCACUCCCAACCCAAAGCGGCCCCAAUCUGUCCCCUCUAUAGACCUGCGCCCAACCCACCCCAUGGUGAUGUCACGUAAAGGGCAGGUGUGAGUCUAUAAAUUGACAAGCUGGAAGCCGACAGUGUGAGGUUGAGAUCCUGGAGAUUUGUUUGUUGUAGCCAAGGGUAAACCCGUGGGUUUUGGGCCGGCCCACAUCACUACUUUUUUGGGACCAACCACCAUUUGUGGUAUCUUUACUGCAGUCUUUU